CCCCGUUAUUCAACUACAGUCAUGAAGGCCAUCAGCGUGCUAUUUUUGCUACCUUUCGCUCACUAUGGCCUGGCGAAGAUACGCUCCAGCCCAUCGCUGAUGGACCCGGCCACCUCCCCAGCUGGAGCCAGAGCCCUGCUUGAGAAGCGGGACACCUGUGAAAGUGGGAGUCAAUGCAUUAUCGGUAGCUGCUGUGGAUACGAUUCAUGUGCUUAUAAUUGCUGUGGAAUUGGCAUGGACGGAGAACCAGUUGGCUGUGGUUUCGCACAGUCCUGCGACUAUGCUAGCCAAAGCGUUUUCAUCGGAUGUUGUGAUCAACUCCAAAUUGGAUACUGUACCGGUACUGCCACCGAGAUUACAAUGAGUACUAUCUUCGGCGAAGUCAGCCCGACAGACGAGCCCUCUUCUACCUCGCUGGAGCCGACUCAGACGACCACCACAUCCGACGAGCCCACCGAAACGUCAACAUCCAGCCAGACUUCCUUCCCAAUUGCUACGUCAACCAGCUCUAGCUCUGAGGAAGGUAUCGAAACACUCACCGACAGCGUUACUAGUACAAGCACCGCGUCAGUUUCCACGAACUCAGCAUCACCUACCGCUGAGACUGAUACGAUGUCUGUUCCGACCCCAACCAUUCCUGAGACUACUGAAACAGACGCUGCGGUCGUUCUCAAUCCUGGCAUACUUCUCGACUACUACCUAUACCAAACCCGCUUUUCGGUAACCUGCGCUAAUGGCGCAACCCCUAGGCUACCGACAGGGCUGAGCACAAGCUUCUCAGUCUCCACUGAGCUCGCUGGGGCGGAAGCCAUUCGCUUGUGGCUGACGCCUGACGUAUAUGGGCGACCACAUUUGAAGCCCUAUAGUUGUACGAAAAUGUCACCCAGGUAA